AAGAGUUUUCAAACGACAAUUGUGCAAAUAUUUUCUAAUCAGAUUUUAAACUUAAAUUUUUAUAAUUAUUAAAAAUUAAUAGUGAACAAAUAUGCCUGUGGUUGAUAUUAAUGAUUUAGUGCAAAUACAAAAGAAAAUAACACAAGUGCGAAAUAUUUGCAUUUUAGCACACGUUGACCAUGGCAAAACCACAUUGGCUGACUCGUUAUUGGUUAGCAAUGGCAUCAUAUCCCAACGUAUGGCUGGAAAGUUGCGUUAUUUGGAUAAUCGGCAAGAUGAACAGGAACGUGGCAUUACGAUGAAAAGUAGCAGCAUUUCGUUGUAUUAUAAAGGGGUCACAAAUGAGGAAGAUUAUUUAAUAAACCUUAUUGACUCACCCGGUCAUGUUGAUUUCUCCAGUGAAGUUUCAACAGCGGUUCGUUUAUGCGAUGGAGCUAUUAUUGUAGUGGAUGUAGUUGAGGGAGUUUGUCCACAAACUAGUGUGUGCCUGCAACAAACUUAUGUUGAGAAAUUGAAGCCUGUGCUGGUGCUUAACAAAAUAGAUCGUUUGAUUUUAGAAAAACAAAUGACACCUUUGGAUGCCUAUUUUCAUAUAUCACAGAUCUUGGAACAAGUAAACGCAGCACUUGGUAAAAUUUUUGCCUCAGACGUGCUCGCGAAGGAGGAUAUAGCUAAAAAGGAUACUUAUGAAUCUGCACUAGAAGAAGUUGAUGAUUCCAAUUUGUAUUUCUCACCUGCAGCCGGAAAUGUAAUAUUUUGUUCUGCUUUUGAUGGGUGGGCAUUUUCGGUCACAGAUUUUGCAGUCACAUAUGCAAAACGCUUAAAUAUGGGUUGUAAGGAAUUAGAGCAGGUGCUCUGGGGCGAUUACUAUUAUAAUGCGAAUAAGAAUUGUGCUGUUGCAGGUGCACAGGAGAAAGCAAAAAAGCCAAUGUUUGUACAAUUUGUUCUGGAAAACAUAUGGAGUUUAUAUGACACAAUCGUUAUACGCAAAGACAAAGAGAAAUUACCAGUCAUUGCAGAAAAACUUGGUAUUAAGUUGUUACCACGUGACUUACGCUUAGGUGAGCCAAAAGCACAAAUAAAAACUGUGCUUGGUCAGUGGCUACCAGUUGAUCGUACAGUGCUUGAAAUGGUUAUAAAACAUAUACCACCACCAAAUGAUAUAUCCGAUGAACGUGCGCAAAGACUACUAUAUCCGGAAAACGCCGAUUUGAGCACAUACUCACCAGAGACAUUAGCUUUAAAGGAAGAUUUUAAAUGUUGUGAUGAUAAAAGUGAAAAUGUCAUUGCAUUUGUUUCUAAGAUGUUUCCAGUGCAUAUAGCACAAUUACCACAAAAUAAACCGAAACGUUUCACUGAGGAUGAACUGCAGGCUCGACGUGAUGAAGUACGUAAACGUAUUGAGGAACGAAAAAAACUGGCUGCACAAACUGAACUGGAGAGCCUAACAACUGGUGUAGAAAAAUUAAAUGUAGAGACAAAAGAAGUCGAGGAAGAGAUUUCUUCACUUUGUGAAGCGGACAAAGAAAAUUUUGUGUUCAUAGCUUUUGCACGUGUAUUUAGUGGUACCAUAAAACGCGGUAUGAAGUUAUACAAUUUAACACCCAAGCAUGACCCACGCAAUAAGGAUCAACUUAACUUAGACUCGCCUUAUGUUACUGAAGUAAUUGUUGGUGAUUUAUACCUCUUUAUGGGUGGCGAACUACAACCAUUGGAUGAAGUACCAGCUGGUAAUAUUGUUGGUAUCGGUGGCUUAGAAAAUGAUAUCAUUAAAACUGCUACAUUGAGUAGCACAAUACACUGUAGUUCCUUCAGUGAGUUAAGUAUUAUGGCUACACCAAUUUUAAGAGUGGCAAUAGAGCCUGUCAAUCCAUUAGAAACGCCAAAACUAAUUAAAGGAUUGAAAUUAUUAAAUCAGGCUGAUGCUUGCGUGCAAGUGUCUGUGGCAGCUACCGGAGAACAUGUUAUAACCACUUUGGGUGAAGUACAUGUCGAGAAAUGUGUCCAUGACUUAGAAGAAAAUUAUGCAAAAAUCAAAGUUAAUGUUUCCAAACCUAUCGUAUCAUUUCGUGAAACUAUUGUGCCUGAUGCUACAGUAGAUAUGGUUAAUGAGACCAUAGUUAGAACUGCAACCGAUAAGGAUAUUACAAAGAAGAUCGUUACUCUACAAACUGCGAAUAAACUUAGUACUGUAAAAGUUAUAGCAUUACCAUUACCACAGAGUGUAGUGGAUUUGUUAGAAAAGUAUACAAGCUUUUUUAAGGAAUUGUCAAGCAUGUCUAAGUCGUCCCCUGUAUCAGAGAAAUCUACUUCUCUAUUAGCUCAAAUUAAGACUAAUUUAACAGCCGCUUUUAAAGAUUUUGAUUUAAAAGAACUCAGCUCAUAUAAUACAGCAGAGUUGGUAGAACGUUUGUGGGCCUUAGGGCCACGUAAUUGUGGCACAAAUAUUUUACUUAAUUUAAGUGAUUAUGAGCAACCGAAUCUAUGGUACGCACUUAAUAGAACAGCAGAUGUUGACAGUAGUAGGAUUGGAAGGGACACUAGUGAUAUCCGCUGUAAUUAUAAUAGUUCUUUUGUAAAUGGCUUUCAACUGACAUCUUCCGCUGGGCCAUUGUGUGAAGAACCUAUGCAAGGCGUUUGUUUUGUGGUAUUGGAAUGGUCGGUGCAUGCAAGUGAUGAUGAGUUAAAUACCAAAUCGUUUGGACCCUUUUCUGGACAAAUUUUAACAACGGCAAAGGAAGCCUGCAAACAAGCAUUUCAAAAUCAACCUCAACGUUUAGUCAGUCCGAUGUACAGUUGUAAUAUAGUAGUGGAUGCUGAAGUAUUGG